GCCCCUUUGGGAACCAUGUUUGUGAGGGAAACGACCCUGGACCCCGCCCCUUUGUCAACCAUCUUUGCGAGGGGAACGACCGUAGUUCUCCGCCCUUUUGGGAACCAUGUUUGUGAGGGAAACGACCCUGGACCCCGCCUCCUUGUCAGCCAUCUUUAUGAGAGGAACGACCCUUUUGACAGCCAUCUUUAUAAGGGGAACGGCAGCUCCUCGAGGCCCCUCCCCAUCUUGGUGCGGAGAACGACCCUCCCCUCCCCCGGCGGGGCCUUCUGUCGGCCAUCUCUGGUCGGGGGGACGUGUCGGUCCUCCUUGGCCCGGCCUCUCGAGCGGCCAUGUUGGUGCGGGCCGGCCGGGCCUGGAGGAGCUGACUUCCGGCUGCUCAUGGCGCCAUUGUUGUGGCCGGGCCUGCUGCUGCUUUUGCCCUUGUUCCCUCAGGGACACAGUGGGCACCAUGGCUCCUCAGGUCGCCCAUGGGAGACGUUCGUGGGCCGGAUCGCCCGGGCCGUGGCAGACCACCGGCCUUGCGACAGUGCCAACUGCAGUUGCCACAGAGGGGUCCUCGACCGGGAUCUGGAGCCCUUCCGCGGCGGCGUCUCCCGCCGGGACAUGUCGGAUCUGGUCGGCCGGAAGCUGGGGACCCACUACCAGAUCGUCCAAAACAGGCUCUAUCGCGAGCGCGACUGUAUGUUCCCCUCCAGGUGCAGCGGGGUGGAGCACUUCAUCCUGGAAGUCAUCGACCGCCUGCCGGACGUCGAGCUGGUGAUCAACGUGCGCGAUUCCCCCCAGGUGCCCAAGUGGGCGGGCAGCGUGGCGCCCGUCUUCUCCUUCAGCAAGACGGCCGACUACAGCGACAUCAUGUACCCCGCCUGGACCUUCUGGGAAGGCGGCCCUGCCGUGUGGCCCAUCUACCCCACUGGCCUCGGCCGCUGGGACCUCUUGACCGACCACCUCGCCAGGGCAGCCGAACAGUGGCCGUGGGACAGAAAAAUAGCCCAGGGCUAUUUCCGAGGGUCCAGGACCAGCCCGGAGCGCGAUCCCCUCGUUCUUCUGUCCCGGGAAGACCCGGGCCUGGUGGACGCCCAGUACACCAAGAACCAAGCCUGGAAAUCCGAGAAAGACACACUUGGGAGACCCCCGGCUAAGGAAGUCUCUCUCGUCGAUCACUGCAAAUACAGGUACCUGUUCAAUUUCCGAGGGGUGGCGGCCAGCUUCCGCUUCAAACACCUGUUCCUGUGCGGCUCCCUCGUCUUCCACGUGGGCGCCGAGUGGCUGGAAUUCUUCUACCCGCAGCUGAAGCCUUGGGUCCACUACAUCCCGGUCAACGCGGACCUCUCCAAUGUCCGGGAGCUGCUGCAGUUUGUGAAAGAAAAUGACGGGCUGGCCCGGGAAAUCGCCGAGAGGGGUCGCCGGUUCGUCACCGACCACCUGCGGAUGGCCGACGUCUCGUGCUACUGGGAGACGCUGCUGACCGAAUUCGCCCGAGUCCUGACCUACGAGGUGAAGAGGAAGGAAAACUACCAAGAAAUCCUCCCCAAACGUGUGAAAACUGAACUUUAGACGCCUCCCCGAAGCGGCCCUCCGGGGAAAGCCCCUCUCGCCAUGGCGGCGGCUGAAACGGGCGGGGAUCAUUCAUUCAUUCGUUCCUUCAAUCAUAUUUAUUCAUUCAAUCGCAUUUAUUGAGCGCCUAC